GAGCCGGUGGAGCCGGGCGCCACGGAGCAGGAGCUAAGCUUUGGGGUAGAUAAGCAGCUUUGGGUGAAACUGGUGAAGGAAUAAAUGUUGAGAUGAAACAGAUGGAAGACUAGCUCAGUAGCGCGGCGGGCAAGGCGGGUGCCAUGGCCCUGAUUGAAGGGGUGGGUGAUGAGGUGACUGUCCUUUUCGCGGUGCUUGCCUGCCUGCUGGUGCUGGCUCUCGCCUGGGUCUCAACACACACAUCGGAGAGCGGUGACCCACUGGCCCAGCCAUCAGGGACCCCAACACCAGCGCAGCCCAGCGAAGCCAUGGUGGUCACCGACAGUGCCAGAGGGGAGGCCCCGGCAGCGGAGACCCCCAGCCUGAGACACAGAGGUCAGGCUGCACACCCGGAGCCUGGCACAGGACUCCCAGCAACCACACCACCGCCAGACUCCCCCCAGGAGCCUCUCGUGCUUCGGCUGAAAUUCCUCAACGAUUCAGAGCAGGUGGCCAGGGCCUGGCCCCACGACACCAUCGGCUCCCUGAAAAGGACCCAGUUCCCUGGCCGGGAGCAGCAGGUUCGACUCAUCUACCAAGGACAGCUGCUGGGAGACGACACCCAGACCCUGGGCAGCCUUCACCUGCCUGCCAACUGCGUCCUCCACUGCCACGUGUCCGCACGGGCCGGCCCCCCACACCCGCCCUGCCCACCGGGGUCAGAGCCAGGCCCCUCCGGGCUGGAGAUCGGCAGCCUGCUGCUCCCCCUGCUGCUCCUGCUGCUGCUGCUGCUCUGGUACUGCCAGAUCCAGUACCGGCCCUUCUUCCCGCUGACCGCCACCCUGGGGCUGGCCGGCUUCACGCUGCUGCUCAGCUUCCUGGCCUUUGCCAUGUACCGCCCGUAGUGCCUCCGCGGGCUCCCGGCCGCCUGGCUGGCCCCGCGGGACCUCGGCCCGCACCACGCCGGCGGGGCUGCUGUCUGCCCGGGCCCGCUCUCUGGCCUGUCUCUUCCCGCCACCCUGGAGCCCAGCCCUGCGCCGCGGAGCACCCCAGCGGCAGGUGGAGGCCCCUCUCGGUGACCUCCAUGGCUCCGAGCCACCUUCCGGGGCCGCUGGCUCUCAGCCCCCACUGACCGUGGGCUCCUCCGGGUCUGCCGGCUGCUGUCGCUGCCUUGGCCCUGGGCAGGGCGGGGCCGCACCCCUGGGCCCGGCCUAGGGUUCGGCCUGAAGACCCCGCCACCUCUAGUCCCUAGUCCCUCCUCGCGCUGAUUUGGGACCCAAGGACCCUGGGGGUGGGAGGGCCGAGGGAGCUCCCUGGAACUUGUGCAGAUUAAAUGACUGUGAAGUUU